AUGCGCGGAUCGACGCUUCCAGUUUCCGACCAAGCCGUGCUGACACGCCGCUCGCUCUUCUGCAACGGUUCGAAGCUGCAGUUGCCGUUACAGUAUGGCCAGACGGAUAAGCCGUGCAUCCGCCGUGCCGAUGCUGACACGCCACUGGUGGUCCCUUCGAUACGAUGGCAUGGCGAGAAACAAAGGUGUGUUUGGGUCUCGAUCGUCGCCGCAUCGGCGUUUUCCGAGUCGGUGCCCAACGUCACAGUGCCUGAGCUCUCGACCCGCGCUGCUGCUGCUGCUGCUGCUUCCGGCUCACAAUCUCUAGGCCAAAACAUGCCCGCCUCUCGCCCUCCCCACACAGCAGCAGCAGCAUCCCAACAGCAGCAGCCGUAG